AGUCAUUUACAAAAGCGAUAAACAGCGAAUUUAGUAGCUUUGAAUAUUUGUGAAAGACAUAAUGACUGGAAGAGGUAAAGGAGGAAAAGGUCUAGGAAAAGGAGGUGCAAAGCGUCAUCGUAAGAUCCUUCGGGAUAACAUCCAGGGUAUCACCAAGCCCGCCAUUCGUCGUCUAGCUCGUCGUGGUGGAGUCAAGCGAAUCUCUGGCUUGAUCUACGAAGAAACUCGUGGUGUCCUCAAAGUCUUCCUUGAGAACGUGAUCCGUGAUGCUGUAACCUACACAGAGCACGCCAAGAGAAAGACCGUCACCGCCAUGGACGUCGUCUACGCUUUGAAACGCCAAGGACGUACUCUGUACGGAUUUGGUGGUUAGAUCGCAUCGAUCAUCAAACACAACGGCUUCUUUUGAAGCCACCCA